GACGUAGCGGAGGGGCGUGGCGGCCUGGGGGAGGAUGGCGGAAGCUGGAACCUGAUUGCGGGUUUCCGCUUCAAAUGUCUUCCUUGUCACCGGCCUGGGGUCGAAAGCGCGGGUCGACUUAGAAGAGAGGAGAAACCGUCUGCUUGGUUCGGAAGAUUUUUCUAAUACACAGAUCCCAAGAUUAAUCUAAUCUUAAAAUGGAACCAAGUAGAAACCAUGAAGAAACAUUUUAAGUAUUGCUAUUAAAAUUAAAAUCAUGACCUCAUCAGCAAAUCUGGAUGGGGGAGCCCAACUGAAUGUGGAAGAACGAAGCAACAGCUAUGGUCUGUCUGACAUGGCAGACAUUAAGGCGGAGCACCCUUUGGACUCCAAUCCUGAAGAAGGCCCAGCCCAGAGUGUUGCAAUGGGGAUGAAAUUCAUUUUGCCUAAUAGAUUUGAUAUGAACGUGUGCUCUAGAUUUGUAAAGUCCUUAAAUGAAGAGGAUAGUAAAAAUAUUCAGGAUCAAGUUAACUCCGACCUCGAGGUGGCAUCUGUCCUAUUUAAAGCUGAAUGCAAUAUCCACACAUCCCCUUCUCCUGGGAUUCAAGUAAGGCAUGUCUACACUCCUUCAACAACUAAACAUUUUUCACCCAUAAAACAGUCAACUACUUUAACAAACAAACACAGAGGAAAUGAGGUAUCGACGACACCUCUGCUGGCGAAUUCCUUAUCUGUUCACCAAUUGGCUGCUCAGGGAGAAAUGCUCUAUUUGGCCACUCGUAUUGAACAAGAAAAUGUAAUCAACCACAAAGAUGAAGAAGGAUUUACUCCUCUAAUGUGGGCCGCUGCUCAUGGACAAAUAGCAGUGGUAGAGUUUCUGCUUCAGAAUGGUGCAGAUCCACAGAUUUUGGGGAAAGGACGAGAAAGUGCCCUGUCAUUGGCCUGCAGUAAAGGUUACACAGACAUUGUCAAAAUGCUGCUAGAUUGUGGAGUAGAUGUUAAUGAAUACGAUUGGAAUGGAGGAACACCUUUACUUUAUGCUGUGCAUGGAAAUCAUGUGAAAUGUGUAAAAAUUCUACUAGAAAAUGGAGCAGACCCAACUAUUGAAACAGAUUCUGGAUAUAAUUCUAUGGAUUUAUCUGUAGCAUUGGGUUAUAGAGGUGUUCAACAGGUUAUUGAGGCACAUUUGUUGAGGCUUCUACAGAAUAUCAAGGAAUAGACUUGUGGUCAACAGGAAAUGUUCUGUAAAAACCAUUUGCUUUUUUUUUUUAAUCCUAAUAAGUGACAAAGACUUGUUUACUUUUUAAAACUUUACCUCAGUCACAAUAUUUACUGAUUUUUAGUAAAUUUUAAUAAAUUUCCCUCUAAGUAAUUCACUGGUUUAUAGUAAGCCUGGUGUGGAUGUUUUCUUUGUAAAUGUAUUUUACUGUGUAUUUAAAAAUGUAAUUUAAUGUUUGGUUGCAUGUAAACUUUUCUAGUCAACAUAGCUAAAUAAGUCUUCAUAUCAAGUAUAGUAGUUUGAAAUUUUCAGAAUUUAUUCCAACCAGUUCUCCUCUCUUGUGUUCACCUAUUGACUUUAUAUGGAAUUUAGUGGAAUUUCCAUAGAAAACAAAUUUAAUUGUUAAAGUUUUUUAAAAGUGCACAAAGUGUGAUUGUUUACAGAAUAAUAUUCACUUAUAAAUAACUUCUGUCUGUUUGCAUAGCUGUCCUUAAAAAUUCAAGGUAUAUUUUGAAAUUUCUUUAGGAUUUCAGUUUAAAUUGUUCUAUUAGCAAUUUUAAAUAUUUAUAAACAUACUUGUUUUAGAUGAACCUGAAUAUAAUUAAGGUAAAUUUAAUAUAUACUCUCUAAUACCCAAAUAGAUCUUUGAUCUUAUCUACCUGGAUAUUUACUCCAGUAAUGCAAAUUGCAAUCUCCCUAUGUCUGCUGCCCCCUCAUAACUCUUGUUUAUGUCCUCCCAUAAGUUCAAUUCAGGGGUUCCACCGAGUGUGCUAAAGUUGUUCCUCGUCCUUUCCUGACAUCACAAGCAUAUCAGUGGAGCACUCAGGUUCUCUACCUGUCUUCCAUUGCCCUUGUCAUGUGACUAACUCAUCUUUCUCUUCUGUCAUACAUUUUUCCGGUGUCAGCUUUCAUUCCUGUUCAUCACAGUUCCUCACUGCUGGUAUGUGGCAGCCUCUCCAUUGCUCUCUGUGUGAUAUUUUUGCUUCUCUAGAAACUUGUGUUCCAUUUCUCACAGCCUUAAGAUAACACUGUUAGCAUAUUGAUCUUAAAAACAUGAGCCUUUGUUUCUGGAGAAAAUUUGGGAGCUUUCCAUUUUCCUGAAGGCAAUGAAUCCUGCUUUCUUCCUGCUGCUUAAUUCUGGGCCUGGCUCCUCCUUUGUGCUUUCUGUCUCCUGUGGAUAUACAGAGGGACAAAAUCUAUGUAAUGCACAGAUUAUGAUAUGAAGUUGAUGAGCAAUAGACGUUCUCUCUCCACUCUUAAAUGGUUAAGAAUCUCUUCAAGGGAGUAUUCCCAAACUUGAUGCAACCAAUAUAAUGUCAUCAACGAACAGGAGCAUCAAGAACACCUCACUAACUACAGGGAACUACUCUUCAACUUAGACUCUGAACUGGAUCUUCCUCAUUACAGUCAGUUGUGGACAUCUUUGGCAAGCACAUGGCUCCCUGUUUUAUGUCUCACCCAAUGUUUGUGACCCUUGAGUUAUAAUUAUUAAAUAAUGUUAUUUCUUACUACAUUUUUCAAGGAAUCUUGAGCAGUUGUGAUGACUAGAUCAAAGGUACCUUGUUGGAAGAGAUUUUAAAAUGAAAUUUUGUUCUACCAAAUCAGCUGUUUUUGUUUUUUAAUAAUCAAUAGUAAGCACAGUGGGUUUUUGUAUCCUCUACAUCUUUCAAUCAGUUGUAAAAUGAUAAAGGAUGGUCUGGCAAAAACAUACCUGUUCCCUAUAAAUGCUGUAAUUGAGUGUGCCCUUAAUGUGUGUACAGAUGAGUCUCAUAAAGAUUUUAUAUACUAGAGAAUGUAGGCACUGUAUAGUGUUGGAUUUGGAGCCAAGAUCUGAGUUCAGAUCUGCCUGGCCACGUCACCCUCUUUUAGCCUCUUUCCUCAUCUGUAAAGUUGGGGAUAAUAAUAGCACCUACCUCACAGGGUUGUUGUGGGGAUCAAAUAAGAUAACAUGUAAAGUGGUUUGCAAAACUUAAAGCGCUAUGUAAAUAUUACCAAUUAGUAAUUAUUGAUGUUCUCCAAAUUGCCGUUUUUUCUAUAUUAGUAAGGUCUGAGUUUUUUUCACACACUUUUGGCAUGUCACCUUCAUCAGUUACCUUGUGUGACUCAGUCCCUCAACAACACCCUUACAGUUGUGUCACUCUUUCCUCUGUGCCCUCUUGGUCCAAUCCAGCUGUUUUUCCCUGUCUUUGUUGUUGUCAAUGUCAUCUCUGAAAUAAGCACAUCUGGGACUGAAAUGUUAGGGACCAAAUGUAGUGGUUCCCCUCCUCACAGGUAAAAACAGUUAGAAAAAAGCGAUCUUUUUUUCUUCUAUUUGUUGUACAUUCAUUUUCAUCCUUCAAUACCCCCUGGGAAUCUUUGCUUAGUUGGAUCUCGUACAGAGAAAUUGGGUUGUGCAUUUUUUAAAAAUAUGCAUAGAUAGUGACUGUUUACAGAAUGCUCUUUGAGGUGAUAUUGCUCAUAGUCAUCCAUUAUAAGUUUUCAAAUGACUUUAUGGUCUUAACCUAGUUUUGUCUAUCACCACCAUUUCUCUUGUCAAUUGGCAAGUAAAUGUCUGCAGACUAAGGUGCUUUGUUAGGGUUUUUGGUCUCCUUGUUAUGGCAUUUGAUUUACAUCAAUUAAACUGUAAAAUUAUGAACAGCAUUGAUGUCUAGCAUUCAUUUUUCAUUAUCCAUUGUUACCAAUUAUUUGUUUAGAUGAUUCAGGAUAAAGUUAUUUCAAUUUAUUCGCUCUAGGUUAUUACUACUUUGUACUUGGCUCUAACAAGUCAGUGCUUUAACUAUACACAAAUGGCCAGUUACCUUCCCAUCAAUAUCAAGUUUAAAAUAGAAUUAAUUUUCUUUUUUUCGAUGUUAUUCAGUGUUCACCAGGCCCAAUGCCUACCAGUUAUCUUUCUGAAAAAGUAUUCACAAUGUGAAAGUGUGAAGCUUCUAUGUAGUCUGCAAGUGUUGGCCUCUUUCUUAGCUUUUCUUCCUACCUAUGUUUUCCCUUUUAUUUUCCACCAUUCUCACCUGUUCCUGCUUUGCUCUAGUCAUUGAAUAUUCUCACUAUGCUGGUAAAGUAAACCUUUUGUAAACUGUCAACAGCUUUAUGACUGUCUCAUUUCAUCUAGUCCCAAGCCUGAAGCGCUAGACUUGUCAUUUCAGGCUGUCUUACAACAUAAGUAUUAAAGUUUUGUGUUGAUUUAAUUUGGAAGGUCUUAUAAAACUUUUUUAAGAAUUGCUCUAUUUCUUCAUCCUCUGCAUUCAGUGUUGAUGUGCAAGCUACAAUUAUUUUCAUGGUGCUCUUUUUGCAAAUAACUCAUCACAAACACUGGAAUACUAGACAAUCAAGUGUCCAGUGAAGUGAUGUUUCAUAUUGUACUUGGGUAUACAAGUAAACCAACUCUGACAACUCCUUUCUUGGUUUUUUACUGAGUACAUCCUUCCCUUCAGUUACAAC